AUGCUCGCACCGACCAUCUUCGGCUCAAUGCUUCUACCCAUCCUGGCGAUGGCAGAGGUGAUGGCGAAAAUCAAAAUCAACUUACCGGACUCAUCGACCUAUAGAGAUUAUUACAAUUACGACGACUUUGUUUGGGGAGGUGACUCGAAAGAGAUCGAGUUUAGCCAAACUCAAAUUACGGAUGAGUUCGCUAUCAAGUUCAAGUGGAUUACUUGGGCUGAUACUGGUGGGGAUUAUACCCAUGGUUCUUCCGUUUGGAAUAUGACUUGCUACGCCCAAUCGACCGCGACCUAUAUCGGCACGGCCGAAUGGACCUUGUCUCAAGAUAAAGAAAAUCCCAUUACUGGAACGGCGAACAGUCCAGGUAGGGUAUGGUGUCCUGCCGACCAAGGCGAAUGUAGAGACGGUUGUGUAGAUGUCGAUUCUGUAAGUGUUGCCAUACAACACAGUACCGAACCGUCAUCGGCUGGGAUAAGGAGGCUCUGA